CGUCCGCGCGCAAGCCGCCGAUCCCGCACUCACUCACACACAACACAAUAAUAACAUAUAUAAAUAUCUCAAAGUCCAGGGUGUAAACAGAGGGGGGAAAAUAAUGCCGCGAGGCCGACCUCCUAAAACAACGAUAAAGAACUCUGAGGCGGAUAAUUUACUGCAGCUGAAUGCAGACAAUGCAAAUGGUUUUCUUGAGCCCCAGGAAUCUCAAUACCAUGGUGCUCAUAAAUGCGAUGUUUGUUUCCAAACAUUUCCCAAAUAUAAUCAAUUGCAGCGCCAUAUCCGGGAGCAUGAGGAAAAUGACAAGCCUUAUCGAUGUGACCAAUGCUCAACAUCCUUUAAUAUGGAGAUUAAUCUCAUAUUGCACAAAGCUACUCACAAUACAAUUGACCCGACUUGUCCCGUGUGCAGCAAGAAGUUCUCCCGUGUGGCCAGCCUUAAAGCUCACAUCAUGCUCCAUGAAAAAGAGGAAAACCUGAUCUGUACAGAAUGUGGAGACGAAUUUACCCUGCAGAGCCAACUUAGCAGGCACUUGGAAGAACAUAGGCAGGAGCUAAAUGGAAACCGAGUACACAACUGCAAGAUUUGCACUAAGGAAUUUGAAAGGCUUUCUCAGCUACGAGAACAUAUGAAAUCACACUACAGGGUUAGGUCAUCGCUGUGUACCAAACAGUACAAGCGACAUGUUGAUAGAUCAGGCUUCUCUCAUCGUUGUGAACAUUGUGGAAAAACUUUUCAAAAGCCUAGUCAGUUGAUUCGACACAUCAGAAUACAUACAGGCGAACGACCAUUUAAAUGCAGUGAUUGCGGAAAAGCUUUUAACCAGAAAGGGGCGCUACAAAUCCACAUGAUCAAGCAUACAGGCGAAAAACCCCAUUUUUGUCUUUUCUGCCCAGCAUCUUUUUCACAGAGGGGCAAUCUACGAGCACAUAUACAGAGGGUUCAUACUGAGGUGAAGGAUGGUGACCAGCCAGCAUAUCAGUGUGAGGAAUGCAGUUGUGUAUUCAGAAAACUGGGAAGCCUUAAUGCACACAUCAGCAGGAUGCACUCAGAUGGAUCAGAAUCAUCUCGAGUGAUCACUGACACCGCUCACAGUGUACUGACAGCUGGGUCAUCGCCAGUAACCUCUGCAGGAGGUCACCAAGGAGCACAAGCUGUAACUGACGUAAUACAGCAGCUUCUGGAGCUGUCAGAGCAGGUUACUGGAGAGGGAACACAGUCUCAGCAACCAGUACAGCAAAUCACCAUUGAAGGCAGUAUUAAUCAGGAUAUCUUGCAACAAGCCUUAGAAAACAGUGGACUGACAACUAUUCCCAUUCAAGCACAUCAGUCCGACUCUGGUCAACAAAGGUCUGCAUUAUCACGAAGUCAGUCCCAGGAUGCACAGACUGCCCCUCUUCAACAGACUCCAUCUUCUACUCCGCAAUCUCACCAACAACGAAUGGAAAAACUGUCUGGCAAAGAGAAUGUGGAUGUGGUGAAAAAGAUGAUGAUGUAUCCGGGAUCUGUCCGUCGAGUGAAUGGAAUUAGAUGGCACAUGUGUACGUACUGCACAAAAGAAUUUAAAAAGCCUAGUGAUCUGGUACGACAUAUUCGUAUUCACACUCAUGAAAAACCAUACAAGUGCACUCAGUGUUUCCGGGCGUUUGCUGUGAAAAGUACUCUCACUGCUCACAUGAAGACACACACUGGCAUCAAGGAAUUCAGAUGUCCCAUGUGUGCAAAGAUGUUUUCUACUCAAGGGAGUUUAAAGGUUCAUCUUCGGCUACACACAGGAGCCAGACCGUUUGACUGUCCACACUGUGACAAAAAGUUCCGCACCUCAGGGCAUCGCAAAAGUCACAUUGCUUCACACUUCAAAAAUUUACAGCUUAAAAAACGGUUUCCACGCAAACCAGCCAAGACACGAAUUUUAAGAAGCAGCAUCACGUUAACUGACAUACCUCUUCAGGAGCCUAUCCUCAUCACUGAUUCAGGUCUCAUUCAGCAAACACCACGGAAUAGCCAGUUAUACAGUCAUUACCUGGCCAAUGGCAUCAUGUCUGAUGGACUAGGAGGGGAUAGGCCAUACAAAUGUGCAUAUUGCAACAAGGGUUUUAAAAAGUCUAGCCAUCUUAAACAACAUAUCAGAUCGCAUACUGGUGAAAAACCUUUCAAAUGCUCACAGUGUGGGAGAGCCUUUGUUUCAUCAGGUGUCCUUAAGUCUCACAUCCGGACGCAUUCUGGCCUCAAGGCUUACAAAUGUUUGAUUUGUGAUGGCACGUUCACUACUAAUGGCAGUUUGAAGAGGCAUAUGUCAACACAUAGUGAGGUCCGUCCUUUCAUGUGCCCCUAUUGUCAGAAGACUUUCAAGACUUCUAUGAAUUGUAAAAAACAUAUGAAGACACAUAGGUACGAACUUGCACAGCAGAUACAGCAGCAGCAGCAACAGCAGGCAUCAUUAGAUGAUGAUGGCUUAGUUGAACCUAUGGAACAGCAAUCUGACUCAACUAAUGGCCAAACGCAGGCUCACCUUCAACCUGAGGAACUGCAGCCAUCUUCGACAGUAAGCAAUGAUCAAGAAACCUUGCUAGGUCUGAGCCAAGAACAAGUUGUGGGAUCUCAGCAAACUGGUCUUGGCCAGCAGCUUGCAGACCAGCAACUUGUCCAGGAUGAAGAUGCCUUUGUGACAACACAGCAAAAUAUCAGCCAGUUUGAUCAACAAACUAUAACACAGCAGACGUUUGAUCAACAGAGCCUGGCCCAAGGUUUCACUAUCGCUGAUAGCUUUGGUCAACAGGGUCAGUUUACAGCUGUGCAACAGUUGCAGGACUCCAGUAGCCUGGAGUCACAAGCUCUAACUCCCAGUUACCAUCAGCAAAGUCUACUUCAGGUGCCAACUACAGACAGCAUUAAUGUGACGACCCGUUUAUUGCAUGAGCCGCCAUCCGGAAACCUGCAUCUUCAAAGCCAUCGCUCAACAUUCCAUUCCGACAGUGAGGACCAAGUUAGACGAACAUACAGGUGUGAGUUCUGCACGAAAGGUUUCAAGAAAUCAAGCCAUCUGAAACAGCAUGUACGUUCUCACACUGGCGAAAAACCCUUCAAAUGCCUCCAGUGCAGUCGAUGUUUCGUCUCCUCAGGAGUUCUGAAAGCUCAUCAGCGGACACACACAGGUAUCAAAGCUUUCAAAUGCACUGUUUGUGAUGCCACCUUUACUACUAAUGGGAGCCUAACAAGGCACAUGGUAAUUCAUACCAGUCUGAGACCAUUUAAAUGCCCAUUCUGCGAUGACACUUUCCGAACAUCACUUCACUGCAAGAGGCACAUGAAGAUUCAUCAAGUAACGGUAGGAGUUGGAGAUGAAGAUGAUGAAAAUCUGGAAAGGCCUGUUGUGCGAAGGUCACGGAUUGGAAUCAUCACAUUUACAGAUGAGGAGACAGCGGAAUUAGCCAAAACUGAAACACGAUUAGAUGCCACUGUUUCGGAAAAAGUAUUAGUCCAAUCAGCAGCAGAGAAAGAUCGAGUCAGUGAAAUCAAGGAUAAGAGUACAGAGGUGGAAGAAGAGCCUAAACAUGCAAAUCAAUGCACAUUUUGCACAAAGAGUUUCAAAAAGCCUAGUGACUUAGUUAGACAUAUACGAAUUCAUACUGGAGAGAAGCCAUUUAAGUGUGAUGAAUGUGGGAAGAGUUUUACAGUCAAGUCUACACUGGACUGCCAUUUAAAAACCCACACAGGUCAGAAGCACUUCAAAUGCCAUGUAUGUAGCUCUCCAUUCUCGACAAAAGGUAGCCUAAAAGUUCACAUGCGACUGCACACAGGAGCAAAGCCUUUUAAAUGCCCACAUUGUGAUGUGCGUUUCCGAACUUCAGGGCAUAGAAAGAGUCACAUACAAUCUCACUUUAAGCCCACGCCACUGCCAAAGAAAAUUCGGAAGCCUGCGACACGUCAAACAACAGAAAGCUUACAGCCGGUAAACUUGCUGACUACUGCAAAUGUUUACAUCACGAACAAUGGAGUUCUUACCAGCCAAUUUGAUCAGAACCUUCUCCAACAGGGAUUAGUUGGUCAAGCUAUUCUUCCUGUUUCGGUGUCAGCUGGAGGUGAUUUGACAUUGUCACUUACUGAUGCUGGCUUUGCCACUCUUGAAGGAAUACAGCUACAACUUGCUUCUGCUAACUUGGUUGGGCAGAAUGUCCAAAUCUCUGGAAUUGACCCCAGCAAUAUAAACAACAUCACACUACAGAUUGAUUCAAGCAUUUUGCAGCAGACGUUGCAACAAGGCAAUAUACUCCCUCAACAAAUAACUACUGAAACAAACCUAGCACAGCAAGCUGGGACUCUCCAAGCAACAGAUAAUACAGUGCCUGCUAAUGUGGUCAUCCAGCCACUCAGCAGUCUGCCAAUGCAACCAACAGUAUCGUCAUCAACUACCAUGGCAAUGGGAAGUCUGACUGAACAAGAGAAUGUUCUGACGAGCAGUUCAGGAACACAAGAUAUCUCUCAGUCCCCAGAACUUGCCUCAAGUUCUAGUGGUAAACAGGAAAUGACGCUGACGAUUAAUAAUUCUAACCUCAGUCAGGUAUUAGCACAAGCUACCAAUGCCACUUGUGCCAAUCCAACAGGAACACCACAAGAGAUAUCACUCACAAUAUCAGGUCAGGAUAUCAUUCAGCAGCAUGGCAGCACUGGUAGUGGUGAAAUGAAUGGAGGGAUCCAAUUGGAAACAUCAGUGAAUAAUCAACCUAGUGCUGCCACAUUGACUAUCAGCAAUGAUCAAAUUCUGAAUCAGGGCUCCAGCCUUAAUACUACAAGUGCCAACAUACCAGGGUUGAGUUCAACUGCAAACAGUUUGGCAUCUUCCCUCACUACGUCCCUUUCCCAAACUACUGUCCCUACCCAGAAUCUUGAGAUGUCGUCUGCUAAUAUGGGUGGAGAUGGCAGUGUUACUCUUACUUUGACUGACACCCAAAGCAUGCUGUCUGCUGGUUUAGACACAGUCACACUCAACAUAGCUGCUCAGGGGCAACAAUUUCCAACAGUGGUUCCUGAAGCAACUCUCCCAGGCCAAACUGCAUCAACUCAUCCACAGGUUAUAUUGGUCAGUCAGGCACCACAAGAUUCAGCUGGUACCCAAGAUGAGACAACCUCAUACCAGGUAACUGAGACAACGAUUAGUUUUACAGAAGACAGUCAGACAGAUGAUGAGGGCCAGAUAAAUCACUGUCCCAAUUGUAGCCAAAGCUUCUCUUCAGGCUCCAUGCUCCGUCGACAUUGCCGCGAAGCCCAUGGGGAGGAACGAAUCCACAUAUGCAACGUCUGCAGCAAAGCCUUCAAACGAGCAGCCCAUCUCAAGGACCAUCUUCAGACACACCAACCUGGACCUUCUCCCAGCAGUCAGAAACCUAAACUUUAUAAAUGUGAAUCCUGCGACAAGGCAUUUGCUAAACCAAGCCAGCUAGAGAGGCACAAUCGGAUCCACACAGGUGAACGGCCAUUUCAAUGCAACCUCUGUGAAAAAGCCUUCAACCAAAAAAAUGCACUGCAAGUACAUAUGAAGAAACAUACUGGUGAGAGACCAUACAAGUGUGACUACUGCGGAAUUUCUUUCACACAAAAAGGCAAUAUGAAGAUACAUAUGAAGAGGGCACAUGGUUUUCCUGGUGGUGCUCAGGACACAGGAAGUAGCCAAGAACAAGAAGGAGAUGAUGUAAGCCGUGGUCUUGACCUAGUGGAAGUUGUUCCAGAAUCUACUAAUGAAUGGCACUGUAGGAUAGCAAAUGUAUUCAAUUAACUUCUCUCUCCAAGUGAUAUGCAAGCGCAACAAAUUGCGUGUCCAACAAACUUUUUUUUUCUAUUGGUCAGAUUCUUUCAGUUUCCAUCAAUGUUACAUAUCAAGAGUUUGAAAGGUACUGCACCCAAGUCAUGCAAGAAGUCAAACCGGUACCAGGUUUGUCAAUGUGUGUCAAAUAAACUGCUAAAACAAAGAGUUGUCCUUCAGCUAAAGGGCUAAAAUCAUGAAGUACUUAGUUUAUGACCAAUCAGCAUGCAAUGCUAAAUAGUAUUCUGAAGCAAAAGUGGAUGAGAUCCAGUUUCAGGAAAAUGCAGCUCAUGAAGUAUACUGACAUAACGAUCCACUUUGAAGUCUCUCUGCAGAGGAAACCUAGGCCUUUUACUGCUGUGCAGGGCACAGUUUCUUGUGGUAUCAAGAGUAGCACUGCAAACCUAAAUUAGAUUGGCCUGGUUGCUUCGGCAGAAUACUGGACAUUGGGGAAACCAUGCCGCACAUCUGUCAUCUGGCCAUUUCAUGGCUCUGCCACUGCUCAACCAAAUUGGCUGCCAUAUUUCCAGAGAACUUUUAAUUAUGAUCUGCCUGGUAGUUCUUCAGAAUGUUUGUAGUGUUAUGAAUUGUCACUAGUGUGACUGACUUUCAGAAUAUAUAAUUAUUCCAUGUAUUAAAAUAAAUGUGUGAAUUUUGUUGCAUUCCAAAGAUUAUUUUUAUAAUUGUUCCCCACAUCUAUAACACGUUUGUGCGUUUGAUAAAAAAAAACAGAUGGGGAACUUGUACAUGGCUGUAUAUAUUGUCUGCGUUCUAAGGCUAAAGUAUUUUCAGUUUGCACUGUUAACACAUGGGCACUUCUUCUUUUCAGUAUUGUACUUUUUCUCAUUGUAUUUUUAACAAAUGUUCAUUCUUCGCUCUUCACCAGUUUCUCCCUACCCCAACAACCCUGCUGUACAACUUUGUGCAUCAUUUUUUGACUUUGGAACAAGCUGGAAAAAAAUUGUGACAUUUGUAAAUUCUCUUCGGAUAUAAAUAUAACAUAAAGCAUCUUGAAUGAUGAUCAAAGGAUGAACCUUUUUCUGUCUCCAAUGGAGCUUUUUUUUGUUUGAACAAUUUAAGUGCUUUGUAAUAUAAAUUGUA